AUGACUAUUUUAAUUGAUAUUCCUGGUUGUGAAAGGGGCUUUGGAUCCAAGGCUCAAACUCCUGAGAUUCUGUAUGCCAGGUCCAUUUAUGCCAAACAAAGAGGCAUAGUGAAGGCAGAGAAAGAAGUGCAAAUCCAAGUGGAGGAGAAAGACAAUGAUACUGAAGACAGCUCAAGUGAAGAAGAAGACAAACUACCUAGAAGAGAGAGCUUGAGACCAAAGAGGAAACGGACCAGAGAUGUUAUCAAGGAGGAUGACCCUGAACCUGAGCCAGAGGAUGAAGAAACAAGGAAAGCAAGAGAAAAAGAAAGAAGAAGGAGAUUGAGAAGAGGAGCAGAAGAAGAAGAAGAAAUUGAUGAGGCAGAAUUGGAAAGAUUAAAGGCAGAGUUAGAUGAGAAGAAACAAACUAUUGCUACUGUCAAAUGCAAACCUUGGAAAAUGGAGAAGAAAAUUGAAGUUCUCAAGGAAGCAAAAAAAUUUGUGAGUGAAAAUGAAGGGGCGCUUGGGAAAGGAAAAGGAAAGCAGUGGUUUGCAUUUAAGAUGAUGAUGGCCAAGAAAUGGGCAAAAUUUCUUCGGGAUUUUGAGAAUUUCAAAGCUGCUUGUAUCCCAUGGGAAAAUAAAAUCAAGGCAAUUGAAAAAAUGCUGCCUUAUUCCCCAUCUGUUCGAGAGGAAAUUACAUAUGAUGACAAGUACCUCUGGGGUUUGCCAUAUGGCAGUUUACCUAGGAAAACAGUCCCAAGAGCUGAAGAAGCAUCUGCAGCCAACUUUGGUGUGUUGUAUGACUUCAAUGGUUUGGCACAAUAUUCUGUCCUCUUUUAUGGCUAUUACGACAAUAAACGAACGAUUGGAUGGAUGAAUUUCAGGUUGCCACUCUCCUAUUUUCUUGUGGGGAUUAUGUGCAUUGGAUACAGCUUUCUGGUUGUCCUCAAAGCGAUGACCAAAAAUAUUGGUGACGAUGGAGGUGGCGAUGACAACACUUUCAACUUCAGCUGGAAGGUGUUCUGCAGCUGGGACUACCUGAUUGGCAAUCCUGAAACAGCUGACAAUAAAUUUAAUUCUAUCGCAAUGAACUUUAAGGAAGCCAUAACAGAAGAAAGAGCAGCCCAAGUAGAAGAAAACAUCCAUUUGAUCAGAUUCCUGAGGUUUCUUGCUAAUUUCUUCGUGUUUCUAACACUCGGAGCGAGUGGAUACCUCAUCUUUUGGGCUGUGAAGCGAUCCCAGGAAUUUGCACAGCAAGAUCCUGACACCCUUGGGUGGUGGGAAAAAAAUGAAAUGAACAUGGUUAUGUCCCUUCUGGGGAUGUUCUGUCCAACACUGUUUGACUUAUUUGCUGAAUUGGAAGACUACCAUCCUCUCAUUGCUCUAAAAUGGUUAUUGGGACGCAUUUUUGCUCUUCUUUUAGGCAACUUGUAUGUAUUUAUUCUUGCCCUGAUGGAUGAGAUUAACAACAAGAUUGAAGAGGAGAAGCUUGUGAAGGCCAAUAUCACACUAUGGGAAGCCAAUAUGAUCAAGGCCUACAAUGCAUCCCCCUCUGGGAAUACCACUGGGCCACCCUUUUUUGUUCAUCCUGCAGAUGUACCUCGAGGACCCUGCUGGGAAACAAUGGUGGGACAGGAAUUCGUGAGGUUGACUGUUUCAGAUGUACUGACCACUUACGUCACAAUCCUCAUCGGUGACUUCCUCAGGGCGUGUUUCGUAAGGUUUUGCAAUUAUUGCUGGUGCUGGGAUUUGGAAUAUGGAUAUCCAUCAUACACAGAAUUUGACAUCAGUGGCAAUGUCCUGGCUCUCAUCUUCAACCAAGGCAUGAUCUGGAUGGGUUCCUUCUUCGCUCCCAGCCUCCCAGGCAUCAAUAUCCUUCGACUCCACACUUCCAUGUACUUCCAAUGCUGGGCUGUGAUGUGUUGCAACGUUCCGGAGGCCAGGGUCUUCAAAGCUUCCAGAUCUAGUAAUUUCUACCUGGGCAUGCUGCUGCUCAUCCUCUUCCUGUCCACCAUGCCCGUCCUGUACAUGAUAGUGUCUCUUCCACCAUCUUUUGAUUGUGGUCCUUUCAGUGGCAAAAAUAGGAUGUUUGAAGUCAUUGGUGAGACUCUGGAGCAUGAUUUCCCAAGCUGGAUGGCAAAGAUUUUGAGACAGCUUUCUAACCCUGGACUGGUCAUCGCUGUCAUUCUGGUCAUGGCUUUGACCAUCUAUUAUCUCAAUGCUACUGCCAAGGGCCAGAAGGCAGCAAAUCUGGAUCUAAAAAAGAAGAUGAAGCUGCAAGCUUUGGAGAACAAAAUGCGGAACAAGAAGAUGGCAGCUGCACGAGCAGCUGCAGCUGCUGGUGGCCAGUAA